GUUUUCGCUAUAGAAUUUCCUCUAUAUUAUAUAAUUAUAAUAAUAUACAUUCUUCCAAAUAGAGAUGCAGAAUUAAUACUAAUAUACAAUAUUUAAAGUUUGAAAAGUAAUACAACUGGCCUUAAAAUAUGACAAAUUCAAUAAAUUCUAAUCGAUCAUAAACUGAAUAGCAUAGUUACCAAAUAAUCUCUUAUGAAAAACAAAUUAGGUGUUGAAUAAAUUAUUGACUAAUAGAAGCAGACAAACAACACAGCAGCAGACAAAUGGACAAGAAACUUUACCCGUGUGAUGUAUGUGAAAAGUCGUUCAGCCAAAGUAGCAAUUUGACGACACAUCAACGAGCAUACACUGGUGGAAAACCAUACGCAUGCAGUGUAUACGACAAGUCAUUCAAUGAAAGUGGCACAUUCAUAAAACAUCGACGAACACACACUGGCAAAAAACCGUACGAGUGCAAUGUAUGCGAAAAGGUGUUCAGUAAUAGUGGCAAUUUGAUGAAACAUCGGCGCACACACACUGGUGAAAAACCGUACGCGUGUGAUGUAUGCGACAAGUCGUUCUCUGAAAAUGGCGCAUUAACAAAACAUAUUCGCACGCACACUGGCGAAAAACCGUAUGCGUGCGAUGUAUGCGAUAAAACGUUCAGUAAUAGUGGCAAUUUGACGACGCAUCGACGAACACACACUGGUGAAAAACCUUACGCAUGUGAUGUGUGCGAAAAGGCGUUUUCUGUAAGUAGCAAUUUGACAAAACAUCGACGAACACACACUGGUGAAAAACCGUACGCUUGCGAUAUAUGUGACAAGUUUUUUGCUAAAAGUGGCACAUUAACGAGUCAUCGACGAACCCACACUGGUGAAAAACCGUACGCAUGCGAUAUAUGCGACAAGUCGUUCAGUGAAAGUUUCACAUUGACGACACAUCGACGCACACAUACUGGUGAAUAAUCUUACGCAUGUGAUGUGUGCGAAAAGGCGUUUUCUGUAAGUAGCAAUUUGACAAAACAUCGACGAACACACACUGGUGAAAAACCCUACGCGUGCAAUAUAUGCGAAAAG